CCUAGAUGCAUGUGUGUGGCAAACAAUACAUUCACUUUAUCAACACUUCUCUAGAGAUGUCCAAAUUUCAAACACCCUGAAUUCAAAAUCAUUCCUCUUUAUUCUUUUCCCCUAAUGCCAACUCUAUUGGAAUUGGAAGGUUUGCUUUCCUCUUUUUCCUUUCCUUUUUCUUUUUCAAUAACCCUUAACAACAAGCAAUCUUCCCUCCAAAAUCUCCCCAAAAAUCCCAUCUUUCUUUUUCCCUCCAAUUACACAUCCUUCAAUAUGAAAUGGGAAGUUGAAAUGGAAGAAAUUGAAGCUGUUUUAGAAAAGAUUUGGGAUUUACAUGACAAACUUAGUGAUGCAAUUCACACUAUUUCUCGUACCCAUUUCCUCAAUUCCACCAAAUCAUUUAAACACAAUAACAAUUCUCCUAACCAGAGUAAAUUCAAGAACAAUAAGGUCCAUUUCCUCGAUCAAGAUUUUAAUGGUAAUGGGUUUGUGUAUUUUAAGGAUUCUGAAAAGGAUUCCGCCAUUGCUGAGGCAAAGAGUCUUAACUCCAUUCGUGCUGCCCUAGAGAAUCUCGAAGAACAUCUUGGAUUUUUUCAUACCUUACAAACUCAGCAGCGUGCAGAAAGAGAUGCUGCACUCGCACGGUUAGAGCAAAGCCGCAUUAUUCUUGCACUGAGAUUGGCAGAACACCAUGGGAAACGAUACAAAGUGAUCGACGAAGCCAUGGAUUUUGUAGGAAACGUACGAGACGCCACCAAUUGUUUCAUGAAACCCGAGAAUUCCUCUAAUCCUCCCGCAAGUGCACCUGCCGAGCAUUCUAUGCAGCAAACAGGCGUCAAUUCAAACAUCUUCGUAAGAGUUCUAUUCUCUGGAUUAAACACCACCAAACGAACACUUCAACUAAACAAAUUAGGUGGCGUUCUAGGUAACGCGGCUUUAUUUGCCCUUAGUAUGCUUGCAAUGCUUCAUCUCCAACAAGCAACAUACAAAGAUAACGGUAUGUUAAACAUCGGCUUGAAGCAAGAUAGAAGGCUUAAGAAGCUGUCACUAUAUGACGCGUCUUCCUCUGCCCAAUCGAGUUCUCUCGAUGUACGGUUGGCAAGAGGUUAAAUUCAGUCCCAUUUUUUGUUCACAGGGUUUUGUAGUUUUUAGUCGUUUUCACAUGUCAGGGUAUACUCGAGGGGCUCUUUUCGAUCGCGACUGCCUUCUUUUCCAUCCUCCCCAGACCCUACCUUUGGGCAGGUUUCAUGGUGAUGAUGAUUAUGAGUCGUUUCAUCAACGGGUUUGCUAGUGUAAAAAGGAAAUGCUAGUAAUAUCAAAUAUGUAGGGUUUUUGUAGGUCUGAAUUGUUUGUAAAUAUAAAGUUGUGUCCCUGAUUUUGUGGUGUGAAAGGAGAGCUUGUGUUCAUUUUGCUGAAAAAUGUGUUUGAUUAAAGAUUUGAGAAGGAAGAAUACAAUUUGUUUUUGUCCAUUUUAAUUUGUUAAUUUCUUUGGAUUGUGAUUGAUAUUCUGAAGCCUUCAUUUCAUGAUUAUGGCUGAAAGUCAAAGCUUGAUUAUGUUGGAAAUCAACAAAUAGUAAUAUGAUUAUCCCAUAUAGUGUUGUUCCAUGCAUUUUAUGCGCCCUUGAUAAAUUGAACGAAAUGGAUCCUCUCUAUAGAAAGUCGAUUUUGAACUUUAACGGGUAUUCGACAAAAUAAGAUAGAC